AUGCUUGAUUCAUGUUUAUUUCAUCCUUCAUACAUUGAUUGAUGGGUAAGCAAGAAUCUAUUGGAAUGGAAUGUGAAGAUGCCCGUUUGAAGGGUCGAGCUUUCCUUUGAAAAUUGAGCUUCUAUAAUGCGUGUUGUAAGGCCGUGAUGCCAGUUCGCGUGCUCUCGCAAUGAGGAAUCUCCUUCGUUCGGAGCUUUCGUCGGUGGCUAGGGCUCUGUUGGUGGUGUAUCGAGUAUAGCACUUAAAUGGAUCCCAGAUACACGGGAGAGAUGUUGAAUCACUUGGAGAAGCAGAGCGAGCUCCUUAUGGAUUCCUAUAGAUCAAUGUCACAUGAAGUGCGUAAACUUCAGGUAGAAGAAGAAAUGCUGAUGCGCAAGUUUUAUGAAAUAAUGUCAGCUCAUGGUCUAACCAAACAGACUCAAGACAGAAGUAAUGUUCCUGACUAUGGGGAAAUUGCAGACUGCAAAGUAAUCAUCGUUGCAACUAACAAUUCACAACAAUAGUUACAUAAUCAAGCA